AUGGCUCAGGAUCCUGGAGCCUGCCUCGAUCGCUUGCCAGACGAGCUCCUCCUCGGGAUUAUCGAACAGUCGUGUCGCCGCAACCACAAAAUCGCCAUUUCUACCGCGUACGAGAGACACAUCAAGGAAGAAAACGGCUUAGCCACUCGAGCUGACAACACACCACAAGUCUACUGGGCCAUCGGAAAUGAACAACACGGAACAUUGAAAUGGCUUGUUGAGAAUGGCGUCGAUGUCAAUAUGCGCGAUGAAAAAACUUUUGGCAGUCCCCUUGAUAUCGGCCUACUCUUCCGAGUGCAUGGCCUCGAAAAGACCAAGGCAUUCAUGGAGCCUCGUUUUGAAGCACGAAUCUCCCCGCUUGCAUGGGCCGCAUUUCACGGACAUGAUUCCAUGGUUGGCUACUUGCUGGACCACGGCGCAGAUGUCGGGCAGACGUCAGAAAAGCUGUGCUCCUGCUGCGAUAGCAAGCUGCUCCACUGCCCUCGAAGGCUUCCAGACCCCCUGGAGUUCUACUCGAGAGACCCCGACGACGACGACGACAGCAUAGUUGACAACGGGGGCUGCUGGGUGGAUCCUGGAGACUCCAUUCCAGAGUGGAAACCUCUGCACUACGCCCUAUGCAAUGAGCACGAGUCGACUGCACGGCUGCUGAUUGAGCGAGGUGCCGAUGCUAACAACGUAGGGGCAUAUCAUGGGGUGACCGCUCUCCAUGUUGCAACACGCUGGGGGCUGGACAACACGAUCGACUAUCUGUUGGACAAUGACUGUGUCGACAUCAAUGCACAGAGCUCCCAAGGUGUCACGGCUCUGCAUAUGGCCCAAGUUGCAGGCAGAGACGACCUGGUUGAUAAGUAUCUGGACCGAGGCGCAGAUAUCAAUCUGGAGUAUUCCGAUCGCUCUGGUCCCUGGACCAUCUUCUACAUGGCAUGUGCAGCUGGCGAUUACGAGCGAGCACUCGAGUAUCUGAAGAGAGGCGCCGACCUGCAUUUUGUGCUCGAGGGUGAAGACAGGGACCCAUGGACAGUGAUGAGGCUCAUCUAUUGGUCCACUGACGACGCAUAUGAAUGUCCAAUGUCGCGCGCUUAUGACAGGAUGAAAUUGGAGCGGGAGAUCAUUGCACGUGGCAAGGGAAGCCCUGCAAAUACCUGA